ACAAGCAUGGGAGCUCACCUGGUCCAACGAGCUUGGUAUUUAUAAUCACUUAUACUGCACUCUCAUGCGGCUUCUAUAUUAAUAUAGAAAGUGAUACAGUGUCACAUGCAACUAUAAGUAUAAUGUUUGGAUCGGUUUCUCCUAAAAGUUUCUCUUUGCAAGGAAAAGUGAGAGAUGAUACCAAAACCUCUUUGUAUGUUCUAAUUGUACAGUUGUUCAAUUUAUAACGUUACCAUUCAGUUCUAUCUCUAUUACUCCAAGUAAUUUUUAACAGUUUGUUUUUGAGUUACUUCGUGAUCUUUCGUACCUCUAACCUUCGUAUUCGUGACUAUGAGUUCAUCAGCAUUCGAAACCACCCGCCUGAGCAAACGUCGUCGUGAAACCUGUCCAACAUGCAAAGCAAGUGUUGUCAUCUCCAGCCCAUUGGCUCUACAAGAACAUCAAGCAUCCAGCAGCUGCCAAAUAGUUCACUGUGACAUAUGUCAUAUGCAGUACCCUUUUUUGAAUCAGAUUGAGCACGGAACUAUGCAUUUGAGAGAAGCACAGCCACUUGAUACAUCUCGCACAUCUAAAGAUUCUUUGGUGAUGCCAACCUUUGUUGUAGAAGAAGAAUACCAAGAGCUCUAUAUACGACAUGAAAAGUACAUCAAGCCUUAUCGACUGUCUAAAAAACUGAGUGCCGUAUAUAACUUUCAAUUAAAUCGACUCUCAGUUGAAGAAAUCAAAAAGUAUCUUUUCAUGGUUUUUCAGGAUCAGAGUACUGCUUUCAAAUUGAAGGUGUCUUUAGCUUUUAUUUUAAGGAACAAUGAGGAUCAGUCAUUACAUUUUUAUUAUUCCUCACAGAACAACCAGCUUCUUUUCAAUGAUCCGUUUUUUGUUGGGAACCUUAACGACUUGCAUAAGUUCUCACAAAAAAUUGAUGAAGUGGAUCUGGUCAGUCAUGUACAUUACCCAAGUUCCAAGUUUACAUUUGUUAGAAUAACAAAUGUGACAUUUUUCCUCUCAAGAAUUUUGCGUUGCCCAAUUGGAGCAGCGAGACAGUUCCCAGACCACCUCAAGAAUGUACAAGGCUUAUACAGUUUGGUUGCUGAUGCUAAAACAGGAGCACCUUUUACUGAUAAGUUAUGUUUCUUUAGAUGUUUAGCACUUUUCAAAGGGUCAAAAAUCACAGCUCUUGAGAGGAAGACCAAGGAACUGUUCAAAGAAUACAUAACUACGGUACAUCUUUUGGCUUCGGAAUUUGAGGGCAUUGCUUUGGAUGAGCUCGAGAAUGUUUCAAAAAUCUUUAAAAUCGGAAUCCAGGUCUUUUCGAAGAACACAAAGGGAGUCACCGAGCAGAUAUUUAGGACCCUAAAAGAAGAUGAUGUUAUGAAUAUACAUUUACACAACGAGCAUUUUAGUUACAUAAAUGACCUGCACAAAUUUUCACGAUGUUUCCGGUGUCAAAAGUGUAAUAAGUUGUUUUUUACUAAAGCACGUCUGCAAAGACAUGCGGCCACCUGUGACGCAGCCACUAAGAACAUCUAUAUUGGGGGUGCUUUUGGAGCAAAAAGAACUAUCUUUGAUAAACUAGAAGAUUUUGACAUCAACAUUCCAGUGGAAUUACGUUAUUUUCCUUAUCGAAUUUGUUUUGAUAUAGAAUGUGCACUGAUUCGAGACACUGGUGUUGAAAAUUCUGCGAGAGUGGAGUUUAGUUCAAAACAUCUUCUUGCUAGUAUCUCAGUUUGUUCCAAUGUUCCAAAUUAUCAGCAACCCAUGUGUUUGAUUUCUACUGGCAGCGAGAAGGAACUAGUAAAACGAUUUAUUGCAUUGGUUACAGAGAUCUCGGAAGUUUCUUAUACACUGAUGCAGGAUCGUUUCUCAGAGUAUGAGACGGCCAUUGACGAGAUUGAUGACGAAAACCUCGUACAAUGUUUCGAGGAAUACUUAAAGCAGAUGCCGCUGCUAUCAUUUUACGGACAGAAAUAUGAUAUUCCUACAAUGAAGACUCAAUUGUUUGUACAUCUACUCGAAAGUCAAGAUGUCAUAAAAUAUAUCAUUAAAAAGGGUACUGCAUAUUCUGCAAUUUCGACGGAAAAUUUUCUGUUUCUUGAUGUUUCGAAUUAUUUGGCAGCGGGAACUUCCCUGGAUCAGUUCUUGAGGGCCUAUGGUGCUACUAUUCAUAAAUCGUUUUUCCCUUAUGAAUAUUUUGAUAGUCUGGAGAAGCUCUCAUCGAGCACAUUCCCUGCAUACGAGGCUUUCUUCUCGUCUCUAAAAGGUAGCAAUACUUUGGAACCCAAACCUGAUGAGCGACUAUCAACUGAGGAGCAACAAGUCGCAAAUCAAUACCCACGACUCAACAACAACACAGUGCUAUCUCAGCAGCAGAUAUCAGGUGUGGGACACUACAGAUAUGAGAAGCUGAGCGAGAUGUUUAGUAACAAUCAUUGGACAUUUGGAGACUUUCUGGCAUACUAUAACAACAGGGAUGUGGAGCCCUUUCUCGAAGCUGUCCAGAAUAUGACACAAUAUUAUGAACAGCGUGGAAUCGAUAUAUUCAAAGAGGCUAUUUCAGUUCCUGGUGUAUCCCUCCGACUGGCUUUUAAAGGAGUAACAGACACUUUUCACCUUUUCUCCAAGAAACACAGUGACCUUGUGAAAUUGAUGCUUAGUUCGAAUACAGGUGGGCCCGCAAUUAUAUUUGACAGAUUUCAAGAGGCGGGGUCCACCACCAUCGGACAUGGAGACAGUACUCCUUUAACUCGGAAGGUUCUGGGGCUAGAUGCGAAUGCCCUGUAUCUAUGGUGUACCGCUCAAGAGAUGGCCACAGGAUUAUACAUUCGACGCAGGAUAGAGGACAAUUUUCAGAAAGAGUAUCCAAAACCUCUGUCCUUCGUUGCUUCAGAAUGGUUGGCCGAUGUGGAGCAUCGAGAAAGUAUUCACAUAGAUCAUGCACGCAAUGUGGGUGAAUUCAGAGUCAGACCUCGCCGUAUCCCUGUAGAUGGAUUUUGUAGACAGACGAACACCGUUUACCAGUUUCAUGGUUGCUGGUUUCAUGGCUGUCCCACCUGCAAACCUGAAAACCGUGAUGUGAAAACCGGUGGCAGAUCCCUGAACCAGAAACUCAAGAAGACUGGGGAGAUGAGUGAGUAUAUCCGAAGCCUUGGGUAUGAGCUGAUUGAGAUGUGGGAGUGUUCCUGGACCCGGUACAAGGUGACGCACGAGGUUCACAAUCGUUACGUCUACCCUACCGAGAGACUCUUCAGAAUGACCAAGCAGCAGAUUCUCAGUGGGAUUAUGGCGGGACACAUUUUCGGUGCUAUUCAAUGUGACCUGAGGGUCCCUGAUCACCUCAAGUCAUAUUUUGCUGAGUUACCACCAGUGUUUAAGAACACUACUGUUAAGGUAGAAGAUAUCGGGGACCACAUGACCGAAUUUCUCCGUUCAACGGAGAAAACUUUCAAGCCAACCCGAUAUCUGAUUGGGUCUAUGUUUGCUAACAAGAUCCUAAUCAUUACGCCGUUGCUGAUUUGGUACGUACAGCAUGGGCUUGAGGUGACAGAGAUUUAUCAAAUCAUUGAAUAUUCACCGAAAAAAUGCUUUAAAUCUUUCGCUGAUAAGGUUUCAGAGGAUAGACGCGGCGGUGAUUGCGAUCCAGCUCUAAAAGUAGUAGCCGAGACCAGCAAAUUGAUAGGAAACAGUUUUUAUGGUUAUACUAUAAUGAAUAAGGCGAAACAUUCUAAAGUGGCAGUGGUCGACGAAAAGGAUGCUUCAGAUCUGGUCAAUAGUCCCCUCUUUUCGUCUCUCGAUGAGCUAUCUGAUACUUGUUUCGAGGUAACAUCAAAAAAGAAGAACAUCCGCUACGAUCUGCCCAUUCAGAUUGGUUUCUUUGUAUAUGCAAAUGCAAAACUCAGAAUGUUGAACUUUUACUAUGACGUGCUCGUACGAUUCAUUCCUCGUCCUAUGUUCUCACUCUGUGAAAUGGACACAGAUUCGCUGUACAUGGCACUGGCUGCAGAAACUCUCGACGAACUUGUGAAACCUGAUCAGCAGGCGGAGUGGAAUUUGGUAAAGUUGCAGUGGUUCCCACGAACAGACACCGCAGAGCACGCUGCUUACGACAAGCGAACACCCGGUCUAUUCAAGGUGGAAUGGAGCGGGAGAGGUUUUGUAGGAUUGUCAGCCAAAACCUAUUUUUGUUUUGGCCCUGAUGACCAGCAAAAAGAAAAGUGCUCAGCUAAAGGCAUUAACAAAUCAGCCAAACUUACCUGCGAGCACUUCCGUUCUGUUCUGAAUAGUAAAAAGGCGGUCAGCGCCACUAAUCGGGGAUUUAUUUUAAAGGACAAUAAGAUGUUAUCUUAUAAAAUGGAAAGAACUGGAUUAAGUUAUUUUUAUUGUAAAAGAAAAGUUUUAGCUGACGGUAUGAGUACAACAUAUCUCGACAUCUAAUACCGUCAACUAAAACUUACUUUUGUUUUGAUUUUUUUAUGUCUUGUAUCUUUCAGAUUUUUUUUGUUAUUAUGAUAAUUUUGAUGUAGAUUGUUUUGAACUCAUUUGUUUUUUGUUUUGCAAUAAAAGACUCUUAUAGAUUUUCAAAUAAUUCAACUAUUCUACAUACUAAUUGACACUG